AUGGGCCGAAGUGAUGAGCCAAUGGCGAUUAAAACGAAGUUAGGAUGGGUUAUCUUCGGGAUGGAUACCAAACUCCACGAAGCCUCCGAACAUUUGCUGAUGAUCCACUACGAGGAAAAUGCCAUGAAUAAAAUGAUGCGAAGCUACUUUAGCACAGAAGACUUUGGAGUGAAACCAGUAGCAACAGUAAAGUCAAGCGAGAUGGAACGUGCCGAGAAAAUCAUUGCCAACACCCUGGUGAAAUCACAAGGACGUUACGAGAUAGGUCUACUAUGGAAGACCGACGAAGUGAAGUUUCCAGACAGCUACCAAGCUGCAUUACGACGUCUAGUGAGCCAGGAAAAGCAUCUAAAAAAGAAUGCGGAAAUGCAGACUUGGCUGUGUGAUACCUUCAAGGAGUACGAGAAGAAGGGAUAUAUAAGGAAGCUUUCGCGAGAAGAAGCAGCACUGCACGGGCCGCGUACCUUUUAUUUGCCGCAUUUCGUUGUUGUGAAUAAAAACAAGCCAGUGCUUAAACCGAGGCUAGUGUUCGACGCGGCCGCAAGAGUUAAGGAUGUUUCCUUAAACUCCCAGCUCCUCACCGGACCUGACGAAAUGCCGUCAUUAUUUGGCAUACUGCUGAGAUUCCGUGAAGGGAAUAUCUGCGUUACUGGGGACAUCAAGGAGAUGUUCCACCAAGUGAAAAUAAGGAAGGAGGACCAGGACGCACAGCGCAUAUUGUGGCGUGAAGGAAACGAAGCACGGCAGCCGGAUACGUACGUCAUGCAGGUCAUGACGUUUGGUGCAACGUGCUCACCAUCAUGCGCUCAAGCGGUGAAAAAUCGAAACGCCGAAGAGCAUCAACUUACUCACCCGCUGGCCCUUAGACCCAUCAUCCGCCAGCAUUAUGUGGACGACUACUUAGACAGCUUCUUCUCACUGGAAGAGGCCAUCGAAACGGUGAAGCAGGUGAGAAACGUUCACGCGAUGGGUGGAUUCCUCAUAAGGAAUUUUGUGGCGAAUAAUUCAAAGUUGAGACAAACAAUACCGGAAGAACAUCAGCUCCACCAAAGGUUGGUGGACAUCAAGGAAAAAAACCAGUGCGUCGAAAAGAUAUUAGGUGUGCAGUGGAAUACGCAGCUGGACACGUUUGGUUACAAAGUAAAUAUAGCUAGAGCUCACACCGAUGUUGGCAGAGAACUCCCCACCAAACGAGAAGUGUUAAGUUUCGUCAUGUGUAUUUAUGAUCCCCUUGGUCUCAUCAGCCACCUUACAAUUCAAGGGAGAAUUAUAAUGCAGGCUGUCCACCUAGCCGUCGAGGACUGGGACGCAAAGAUUCCCGACAAUCUCGCAACAAAGUGGCAUGAAUGGACGACAACCAUCAGUGAAGCAAAGGAUCUAGCAAUUCCUAGGCCAAUCACCGCGGCAGGAAAUGCGCCGAUCGAUAUCCACACCUUUGUGGACGCAUCUCUUGAUGCAUUUGCAGCAUGCGUGUACGCAAGAAGCUGCUUCAAAGGGUGCUACGUCGUAAGGCUUGUCGCUGCCAAGGCUCGAGUGGCUCCGAUCCAUUCAUUAACGAUUCCAAAGCUCGAGUUGCAAGCCGCCAUUUUGGGAGCGAGGCUCACCGAAACCGUUGCAAAAGAGCUCAGACUGCCAAUCCACCGCACCACGUUCUGGACAGAUUCACGAACAGUACUGUCGUGGAUCAAUAGCGAACAUCGGAAGUAUAAGCAAUUUGUGGCGCAUCGAGUGAGCGAGAUUCUGGACACGAGCAGCGCCAGCCAAUGGAGAUGGGUUCCUUCAAAGAAAAAUCCAGCCGAUGCCGCCACAAAGGUGACCAAUGCAAGCAUGUGGUUUAAUGGUCCAGAAUUCUUGUUAUCAAGAGAGUGUGAUUGGCCCGAGCACCAGCCUGUCUCAGACACAGAGGAGGAGAAGCGUGUUGCUGCGAACCCAGUGCUUCACCAUCACGAGGCAGUGGUUCCCGAGCUGAACUAUUCAACAUGGGACCGCCUGCUUCGCCAUCACACAUUCAUAAAGAAGUUCGUGGACUUUUUGAAAGACCGCAAGGCGUUCAACAAGAUGAUUGGACGUGAAGACGUAGAACAUGCCAAAUACGCCUUGUUACGCAAGGCGCAAUGGGAGGGGUUCCCGGAUGAAAUGGAGGCUUUAACAAAGGGGGAGGAAUUAUCCAGCAAGAGCCAUAUUAAAACGUUGUCACCUUAUUUAGACCAACACAAUCUCCUGAGGUCGCGAAGCCAUCUAGAGAACGCGACGGCGCUACCGAAAAGCGCGCGCUCACCAAUACUUCUGCCGCAGAAACCGCGCAUCGUCAAGCUUCUUGUGCGGAACUAUCACGAGAAGUAUCAUCUCCAGGCCGACAAUGUCGUGAUCGGUACUCUGCGGCAAACCUACUGGAUCGUGCAGCUGCGGAACGUUUUGAAAGCCGUUAAAGGCUGCUGCCAGAGAUGUAUUCUCAACACCGCUACCCCACAAACUCCUAUGAUGGCGCCCCUGCCAUCUUUCAGGACACACCCUCACAAUCCGCCAUUCCUACACUCGGGAGUGGAUUAUUUUGGGCCCCUCGACGUCACCGUGAAGAGGUCCAUCGAGAAACGAUGGGGGGCUAUAUUCACAUGCAUGAGUACGCGGGCUGUACACAUUGAACUGGCUGAGAAGUUAGAUGUUGAUAGCUUCUUAGUCUGCCUGAAGAAUUUCACAAAUCGGCAAGGCAAGAUCACCCACCUAUAUAGUGAUAACGGGACCAACUUCAUAGGCGCGGAAAGGCUGAUGAAGAAAAAGCGCUACAUCACAUUGCGAGCGGCGUUAAUAGAGAUAGAGGCUAUGAUCAAUUCGCGGCCAUUGACGCACAUACCGUUGUCCAACGAGGAAGACGAGAUUCUGACGCCGUUCCACUUCCUUAUUGGACGAGGCGUUGAGAGCCUACCGCCGGAUAGCCUGGACACAUCGUACGUAUCCAGACAGCAGUUCAAAGUGGCCCAGCAUAACGCCAAGGUUUUCUGGGAUCGCUGGAAGAAGGAGUAUCUGCCAACACUCAUCAAACGGAACAAGUGGACCAACAAGGUGGAACCAGUGAAGGUGGGCGAUGUGGUGGUGCUCACAAACGACAACGCACCCGCGGGACAAUGGCUGAAGGGCAAGGUGCUGGAAGUGCACCCGGCUGCGGAUGGGCAAGUUCGCGUCGUGACCGUGAAGACGGCCUCCGGAAUCCUGAAGCGACCGGCCGUCAAGGUAGCAGUAGUGGACGUGAAGCCCAAGGAGCAUCUACUCGUCGUGAAGCAACCGCCAUCCAAGACGACCAAGAGAGUGCUGGAAGAUGACGUGACUAUAAGGGAGGCCCCGUCAACCAAGCGGAUCAUCACAGCUGGCGACUGGACAGCCAGAUUGCUUGCGGGCAAUUCCGAUCGCGAAUGA